AUGACGGCGCUCACGUGUCUCAACCUUGCCGUGCGCGGCUGGAUGCUCGUGGCCUGGCUCGACCGGUGGACGGCGCAGGGCGACGACGUGGGUCAUGUGCGGCCGCGGUUGGGCGCCGCGUUCGUCGCCCUGUCGUGGACGGCGACGACGGCUGGGUUGGGGGCCGUGCUGUGCGUGCUCGCGAGGCUGUUGCUUGCGCAGCGCACGAGCUGGAUAGACCAGCAAGGCGCUGCCCCUGGUCUGGGGGACGCCGAGACCGAGGCCCAUGGGCAGCGCCAUGUCGGGUUGGAAGAACCGGCGGCGAGGACUGGGCUUCCUGACGCACAGCUGAAGGGGUACUCGGAUGCUGAUCCGGAUGCACCUCUCCCAGGUCGUGCCGCUGAGGCUGAACCGUCGAAAGGUCCACCGAGGAAUGCAUGA